UGUUUUAGUUUUUACAUACGAUAUAAAUAAAAAGCAUAUAUUAUUUAAGAUUAGAAGCUCUGCUCUAUUUCAUAUUUACUGUAAAUGAAUGAUUUUUUUUAAAUCAAUUCUUCAUCUUCAGUUCCAAUUUUAAAAAGAAAGCAAGCAUCUUUAAAUAAAGGAACAGAUUAUGAAGCUAGUUUCGAAACUGUAGUGGAAUGCUUAUCCUUCCCAAGUUAUAUGAGAAAUAUUAAUCAUAUCAAAAGAAUAUCUAAAUGGGUGAUUAAAAAUUCAGAACUUUUCAGUAAAAUCCAUAACUACAGAUUAUAGAAUGAUGCUCUAAAAAAUGAAGAUGAAGAUAAUUUAAUUAUAGCGAUUCUUUGCUCAUCUAAUAUAGAAGUAUUUUAAGAAUCUUAAACACUGUACAAUAUAAAGGAUAAGCCAGAAAAGAUGUAUAUAAUACUAGAAGGAACACUAGAAGUAUUUGUCCAACCAAAAUAGUUACAUUCUUUAACUAGUUUGAUCAAAUCUAAAGAAAUAUGUGAAGGUAAUUCAGUAGGAGACAUGGAUUUAUUUUCUAAUACAAAUAGAAAUUCUACAGUGAUUGCUUAAAAGAAAUGCAUACUGUUAUCUAUCAAAAAAAAUAUAUUUGAUGCUCACAUCUUAGAAUUUUAUUAAUAUAAUUUUACUGAUGUGAUGAAUUUUAUAUUUAAUUUGAAAGUAUUUGAUGGUAUAAGCAAUAAGCACUUAUUUAUUAAAUCUUUCUAUGAUGCAUAUUCACAGUAGCUUAAAUAUUCAUAAGGUUAACUAGUAUUCAGUGAGAAAAAUUAGCCUGAUUACGUUUACUUUAUUUUAACUGGAUCCUUCCUUGUUAAAAGGUAAAUAGAAUAAGAAAAACUCAGAAGUGAAAAUUAAAACCAAGUUUUUAGUGCUAGUUUAUAGAAUAGUAAAUAGAAUUCCAAUAAAUAAACAGAAUUUGAUCUAAAUAUUAAUUACUAAAAGACGUAGAAGAUAUAAAUUAAUCUAUUUUAAUUAGAGAAGGGAGAUUUUUUUGGUGAAGAAGAUAUUAUUGAACAUAAUUCAUAGAGGACAUUUUAAGUUUAAUGCUGUUCAAUAUUAGGGGGUGAGCUUUUGUAGUUUAAUAGAGAGGUUUUUGAAAAUAUAUUUAUGAAGCAUUUUGCUAUUGAAUAAUUCUUUGUUUUGAAUUUGCCAAUUAAAAGAAAAUUAAUUGCUGAUAAAAUUUAUUAGAAUUCAAAGGUUCUUAAGGCAACAAUUCCUAAAGAAAAUAGCUACCAUCAUCAUUAUUUUGAUAAAGAAAAAAGAGAGAGUAGGUAUUAAAUUUACCCUUCUUUGGAUAGCAUGAACAACAUCGCUUCAUAGAAAGGCUCUAAUAUAAACAACUAUACAAAUCAAUAAUAUGAUAAGAGUAUAACUUCGUUGUCUUAUAUUCCAAAGAAUAUUGAUGAAAUUUAGGAAGAGAGAGAGUAGUACGAUGAAGUCAAAAAUAAAAAUAAUUAUCAAAGAAGCUAAAAGAAUUUUAAAGUUAACUGCAUUGGGAGCAUGAGUGAAUUAUUAGAUUACGCUUAGAAAUCCAUUCAGAUGUUACAUUAGAAUCAAUAGAUUACUAAUGCUUAAGAAUAAUAGAAUCAAAUUUAAGAUAUGACUUUAAACCAAAAGUAUUAAGAUACAAUGAAACCUCAUAGCAAUAAAAUUGGAUUGUAUUAUUUACCAACAAAAAAAAGAAUCUCGUCUAAUGAUCUCUGCUAUUAAAUAGAAAAUUAAUCUGAUGAAAAUUUAUAAAAGUAAUCAACAAUAAAUAGCAUAAAGAAAAAGAUGUCUUAAACAUUUGAUUAUAAUAUGAACAAUUUUAUGAGAGAUAAAAUUCAAUUAUAAAAAAAUGUUGUAUUUCAACAGAAAAAAAAUAAAUAAAAAAUUAUUUAAGUGCAAACUUAAAAAUAAAAUGGCUAAAGAUCUAAGUCAGAUGAAAAUUAAAUUUCUACUAUGAAAAGAAAAUCUAAGCCAACUGUUACUAAAUGGACUAAUUCUUUGAAUUAAAAAGAUGAAGAAAUGGUUAUUUAAGGUGAGAUGUCAAAAUAGUUCCAAAAAAAUUUGAAAUAAAUUUGUUAUAAAUUUGGGAAAUAAGACUUUGACUCCUUAAAAAUGAGUUUAAAAAAUCAUAUUAAAGAUAAAAACUUUAAAAAAAUAUUAAACGCCAACAUAUGUAAUGCUAAAGGCUUUUAAACAAAUUACAAUUCAAAUUAUGAUAGAAGCAAAGGAAUAAAUGAUCUUUCUGAAAAAAUUCAAUAUGUAUAAAAGGUUUAAGAUAAAAUGAGUUAAAAAAUAUUUAAUUUGGAAUCUUCAUAAUUAUAAAGAGAGUUAGAUUAUACUUAGAAUGUAUAAUUUAAUCAAAAUGAAUUUUAGCAAUUACAAAAAUCAUAAUCUAGCUAAAACUUUUUUAAUUAAAACCUUGCUUUACUUGACUCAUAAUAAAAACCAAAUUAAUAAUCUAAAAAUGAUAAGCUAGAAUUUUCAGUAAAUUUAAUGCAAAAAGUCUAAAGCUUUUCUGAAAAAAAUCCGAACAUAAACUAAAUAAGUUUCGGAAUGAACUAAUCUCCAAAAUCUAGCAUCGAUUAUCUGGAACCUAUAAAUAAAGAAAGUAAUUAACUUUAAUAAAAUACUGAUAGCAUAGAUGAGCAUUAAGAAAUUUUAAAAGUCCCUAAAUUUAAUUAGAAUCAUUUUUCAAACAAAUUUUAAAGAAAUAAAAAUUAAAAUGUUAAUGAAAUAAAACAAAUUAACUCCUCAAAUAUAGGCAAUUAAAUUGAUCUAAGUUAAGAAUAUUUAGGUCUUAAAAUGCUAAAAAUGCAACAAAAAAUAUCUAAGUAAGAAGAUAAAACAAACUUAGAAUAUGGAUAAAAUGAAUCUUAAAAAGAAAUAAAUUAAAAUCGAUAAUAACAGGAUAAUAAUUUAACAUAAAACAAAAUAUGUUCAAUAUUUAAUUCAAAUAAUAAAUUUAUUGAAGAAAAUGAAAAAACUAUUAAUUCUCCUUAGAGUGAUUAAAAUACUCCCAGUAGCAACCAUCCAUUUUCUACAUUUUAAACUCAAUACGCAAUUAAUAAGAAUUAAUCAGAAUAAAAUAAAUUAUUUUAGUAAAAGUUCAACAAAUUGCGUCCUUAUUCAUCAUCUUAUCACUAAUCACCUGUAAGCUAAAUUAAUUAAGGAGCUUAAAAUAUCACACAAAACUAUUACCCAAUAGACUAUUACUAAAAAGCGAAUUAUAUCUCUGAAACUGAAUAGAUGAGGCCAAGCUCUUGCAAGAGUCGGAGCACAAAAAAUUUAAGUUAGAAUUUUAUAAAAUUAUAAAAUAGCAAGCUAAAUUAACAAAUAAGCAAAUAAUAUUAAUUUAGAGAUAAAAAAUAAAUGAAUGCUCUUUUAAAUAUUAAAAAAUAAUUUUAAAACCAAAAUAAAAGUUUUAGUCCAAAUAACAAUGCUUAAAAUCAAAUGAACAAGAUUAAUGCAUAAUCUUAUCUGCAUAUGAUUCAAAGUCAUAAAAAAUAUGAAACAAAAGAGUAAUUCAAUUUUGAUUCACCUAAAGUCAGCUAAUUUCCUUCUUCUGAAUAGCUAUAAGAUUUGCAUAGUGAUAAAAGUUAGAAAUUGAAUAAUCAAAAUUGUAAUUAGAACUAAAUGUAAAGUAAAUCUUAAUUAAAUCAAAAUUUGAAUAACUCUCUUGCAUAUUUUCAGUAAUAUAUAAUCCACCCUUAAUAAUAGAAUAUUAAAUAUCACUUUCAUAGAAAAGUAAUUUCUGAUGUUAGCAAAUGCAAUAUAAACAAUCCUCAACUUAGUAAAUUUUUCUAACAACAAUCAUCUUUAACUAACAACAAUAAUACAAGUAAUCAGAUACAUUCCUAAUAAAUAAAAUAGCAAGUAUAUUUGCAAUAGCCUUAAUAAAUAUAGAAAAACAACUCAAUUAUGAUUAACAAUACAAAUUAAUAGCGCUUAAAUAUUUUAUCAAGAGAAUCUGGUCAUCAAGAAUAAACUGAAAUAAUUAAAUAAGAAAAUCAAUAAAAUGAAAGCUAUCCUACUUUAUUUUCUCCGGAUAUAUUUUAUUCUCCUUAACAUGCAAAGAAACAAAGAAAAUUUAUAAAUUUAAAUAAUUCAUAAAUAUCUUAAAACGGAGAAUGUUUUAAUUUAAAAGAAAUUUCUUAACAAAGUACUAAAAAUUUAAGUUAAAAUCAAAUUAAAAUUCCUAAAAAAACUAUCGAUCAAGAAUAAUAAACUACAUAAACAAAUUUAUAGAUAGAUGAAACUCCUAAAUAAGCUAUAGAAAAAUCUUAAAAAAAUAUUGAAACGACAGAAUAAGCAAAAGAAAAAUGCUAAUAAUCUGUUGAAGCUCCUUUGAUAAUAAUUGAAAAAUGUUAAUAUAAGGCUUAAACAUAAGAAUAAACUGAGUAAAACAAUUAAGAAGAGAAUAAUAAUCAACAAAACAUUACCAAAUAUUCCAAAAUUAAAAAAAAUUAAAUUGAAAUAAAAAUUCCACCUAAAAAAAUAAAUAUAGACUUUUAGUUAAUGCUAGAAAAUUAAAAACAAAAAUAAAUUGAAGAAGAGAAUAAAAUUGAAUCUCCUCCACUUUUAUAAUCUAAUCAAACAAACUCCUAUGAAAAUUAAACACCACAAUUUUAAAUUGUAAAAAAUUUCAACUUCUUAGCUAAGUAAAUAUCUCUUAAUAGCAGUGUUCACUCACAUUACUAAAACUAAGAUUUCAAGACUAGUUUCAAAUCAAUAAACUAAGACAGCUUAGAAUAAAAUAACAAUUAAGAAGACAUUUAAAAAACAGAAUAAAAGUCCUGCGUUUAAGUAAUGUCAUAAACUCAAAUAGAUAAUAGCACUUCUUUAGAGUAAAACUUACAGUAAAAAUAAUUUAUAAGCAAUUCAUUAAUAGAAGAUUUUAAUCUUCAAAAAAAGUUAAAUUCAUAACUGUCAAUUAUUGAAACUAUCAAUAGCCAAAAAGUAAUUAGCAAUUAAGAUUAAUCUUCAUAUAAUUAUAAAUCUUCCUUAUCUGAAAUUGACUAAAAGUAUAAAUCUUAAAAAUAAAUAUAAAAUAAAAGUAUCGAGCAAGAAAAUUAAUAAUUAAAAAAUAAUAUUUGUAAAAAUGACCAAAACAAAGGAUAAUAGAAUCGUUAAUAACUAUUUAAAAAUCCUAUUAUCAACUAAACGAUUCCUAUAAUAAAUGAAGAAUAAACCUUAGAUUAAUUUAAUUAAGAAUAGGUUAAAGAUGAAAACUUGAAUAAACCGAUGCUAAACGGUAGUAUGACAUCAAACAUAAGUUAAUUCUAGAAUUUCAUUGACUCUCCAUCUUUAAUAAGAUUUAGAAACAAUAGCUAAUUUUCGUAAAAUAGCAUACAUGAUUAAAUAUCAAAGUAAAAUUUAAUUGAUGCUCCAUCUUUAAUAAGGUUUAGAAAUGCUAGUUAAUUUUCAAUAAACAAUAUUAAUGAUUAAAUAUCAAAGCCAAAUUUAAUAGAUGCUCCAUCUUUAAUAAGGUUUAGAAAUAAUACUUAGUUCUCGACCAACAACAUAAAUGAGUAAAUAUCAAAAUAAAGUUUAUUGUUUGGACAAAAUGAUUUGGUGUAUUUUUCUAAAGCUAACAAAAAUGAAACUACAUAAAAGAAUAUGUUAGAAGUUCUACAUCAUGACAAAUAUACACAUAAUUACCAAAAUUAAAAUCUUUAAAUCAUAGAUAAUAAUGAUAAUUAUCCAGUUAGAUAAAAGUCAAAGUCAGCUUAUAAUAAAUUAUGA